AUGCAUUUGCAAAGAAUCAUAUAUGGCACUCUCAUAGUGCUCGUCCCUUACUUGACUCACGAUACCAUCGCAGCUGAUUGUAGCAGUCAGGACAUUGAAACCCAAAGCGUGAGCUCAUGCACAUGCGGUGGCGGGGACGAUGUUUGCAUGACCCAGUGCGAUGCUACACAGUCCGCAUCAUCAUUCUGCCCUUUUACAACGAUAUCGUCCCAGCUCCAUCUUGACGACUGCGACGGCCAUUGCACUUCGGAUAAAAACCGCCGGUGCAAAUCCUGUUGGAUCUGGUUCAAUGCACUGUGCUCCUGCUAUCAGAACAGCAACUGCGAAAAGAGUAGCAACACGGGCUCAUUCUUCUGGAUCCAGCUCAAUCGUCAUUUGCUCACGACUAAUGCCCCCAUCCCGAGCAUUCUGGACCUUCAGACGAAACACUCCGCGCUCGCACCGUUCGGCUGGGAGUUCGGCCAGACGCAGAAAAUAUCGGACCCCGCCUCCCAGGCACUCGUUAUCAAUUCCGCGCACUCGAUCACGGAAAACCAGAUUCACAUGCACACCUGCCCUGUCAACAGUGAGAUGCUCAAGCGCUUGACCGAACUCUCGACAAACCCUGGCCCAGCACACUUUAGCAACCUGGUUUCUGUUACGCUGCCUGGUCCCUCUGGAGUUUUGCCGGUCUAUUGCCGCACGAUGCAGCAAAAAGAUACUCCCGUGGAGGGAAAACAAGUGUCAGGUGAUAUCAAUGAGGUGAUGCAGAAGGAAUGCAAAUACUAUGUGGGCGCAGCAGUGAUGAGGGAUAGUAAUGGGUAUACAUGGGAUUGUAUCACUGCUGACAGCCAGAGCACUGAGUACCACAGGUUCUGCGCGUGA